CUAUUAACUAGACUGAUCGAUGUAUUGAUCAAGGUAACUUGCUUGCUCCUUGGGAGGAAGUCAUUUGGCGCAAACCCGCCGAACGAUCCAAUGCUUCAUCUUGUCCCAUUCCUUUAAUGACUACAAAUUUCACUUUUUGCUUCAUUGCAAAACAUUUGUUUAGCAAAUUGCCAACAGUCACGUGGCGAAUGGUUUUGCCUCACUAAAAAAACAAAUCAACAACCAACCGUGCCUGGCGUGGGGCUUUUUUUUGUGUGUAGCCGAUAGAUGACAACGCACGCUCCGUUACUAUGGGAACGCAGCCGGGAAACAAACAAACAUACAAAACCCGCUCAAUCAACACCAUUGCCUUGUGGUCCACCAGUCGGUGUAGUCGGUUUUCGGUAUCUUUGGCAUAAGUGUUUCAUCGCAGAAAGCCAGUUUUGUGAUAUUUCCCACGCAUAAUUCGCGCUAAACGUAAUCAUGACGGAAGGUUUAAAGUUAAUUGUCAUCGAGCUGAACAAGCUGCUCGAGACGGAUUACAAUCUGAUAACUUUUGACUCGCUGUCGCCGGAAUCGUUGCUGCAGGUGUUGGUGGAUGUGUUUCACGCGUUCGGUGCCAUCGACAGGUUGGACGUGCGGGAGAACGAUCCGGAGGAAACGAAUGCGCUCGUGAUGGAGGCACUGCGGAAGGUACAGUACCGUCCAGCGGAGGACAUUGACGAUCCGGGUGCAUUCCGACGUGGAAUGGUGCGGGGCGAGAAGAAGCUCAUCCAUCCGAUCCUUCGCUGGAUGUUUGAGAACCGUGAGAGGGUUAAGAAGGCCGCAUAUUUGGCUAAAUUCUUGAUUCCGCUGGACCUGCCGCCGGAGGCGAUGUCGAUGCCGGAACUGGGCAGUCUUUGGGCACAAUAUCUGGAGACGAUGAACGACUUCAAGGAUGCCCACCGGGCGUACGAGCAAUCGAUGCACGAGGGUACGCAAACGCGCGAACUUCGCAACGACAUUAGCGCGAUCGAGACGGAGAUUGAAAACGUGAAAAAACGUAUCGAGCGCACACAGGCCCGAUUAGAUAAGGUGCCCCAGCAAGAGCUGCUACUGGAGGCGGCCAACAGUUUGCGCAUUGAGAAGGAACGCCAGAAGGAGCUGCUGCAGCAGAUCGACGAGCAAAAGCAGGGCCUAAAUCGUGCGACCAUGGUACAUGAGCGUCUGCAGAAAGAUCUGCACAAUGCGAAGAUGUCCGUACAGGGCGCAACUCCGCAGAAUCUAAUGGAAAGCAUCAUAGAGGAAACACAGGUGUUGGAGUUUAUGGUGCAGCAAAAGUUACCCCAGGAAUUGCACCAGCGCCGCUCCGAGGUGCAAACGCUCCAGGAGGUGAUCGACGAACCGAACAUAACGCGUGGUGAUCUGCAGGAGUGGCAGCAACGAGUAGAUGAGAUGAAUCGGGAAAUUCAACGCCUAGUUGAGGUACGGCUCGCUGAAUACAGCACCCAGAACGAUACUCUCGGUCCGUUCCGGCAGCAGGCAGCAAUGGUGGCACGGAACAAGGAAGCCGCCGCCGAACAGCUCGAUCAGAUGACGAAAGAGCUGCGCGAAGUUGAGCGCCAGCUACAGGACAGACAACGGCAGCUGCAGGAAACGGUUGGGGAAGUGAUACUGCGUGGCGAAGAUUUGAAACAGUUCGUCAGUACGCUGCGCGCCAAAAGCAACGUUUACAAGCAGCAGCGAGCGGAACUGGCCGCAGUCAAGGCGGAAGUUAACGAUUUAACGCAAACGCUCGAGAACUUAAAAUCACAGGAUCCGUCCCUAUCGACAGCACUGUCACAGAUGACGGACGAUGAGGUGUCCUCGCUUGGGCCGAACGCAGCGUUCGAUGGUGGCGACGAUGGAGAUGUUGGCGAUCGUCGCACGGAAUCGCCCAUUACCGGGCGGGGCAUGACGGAGUUGGCGCGGCUUGUCGAUGGCCUUCAAAGGGCAGUCGGGGCCGCCCGUGAACGCGUCACGCCACUUUCGCAGCAGCUACGACCACUGCGGGAACGUGUCAUCGAGCUGAAAGACGAAAUGGACUCCAAAAAGCAGACUUACGAUGCACUGAUCGCUACUCUGAAUGCUGAAUCAGCCACGAUGCAGUCGAAGAUCACCGAAACGGAGCGUGCCAUUCGCAAGCUCGAACAAGAAUGGCAAGAGCUGCAAAUGGAGCACGAACGUUCCCAGCUACUGCUGGAGAAGGCCAACGAAGAAAUGUCCACUGACGGAAAUGGAGAACGAGUAUCACUAAAGGAAACACUGUCGCAACAGAUUCUCGAACAGGAAACAACGUUAAAACGGCUGACGGAGGAAAAAGCACUGCUUCUUGCGAGCAAAAACGAUCGAGCGCAGCAACUGGAAAUGUGGACCGAUUUGAGAAAAUUGUUCGAAGUGAAAAUUCGCUGUCUGCACGAAAGAAAGCAACGUGGUCCGGGCGGUACACUUUCCGUCAGCCGUGGUGGAGCUGAAACGUUUACUUUGCAGUGAAAAAUUAAAUUUUGUUUCGUGUUUCAGUAAGUACACUAAGUAAUAAUUUAAACCAUUUUUUAAAGUUUGAUGAAUAUCUUUCAUGUAGUAUGUAUAGUGUUUUGUUCGACAUUUGUUGGACAAAGGAUAUUCGAUUGAAAAAUGAACGAAAAUUAAACAUUUCGUAAAAAUAUAUGCACACAUUUUGGUAGCUGUAGAAAGUUUUACGAUAAUUAUUCCAUUUUCUUUGAGCAUAGUUUAUUUCCCAUCUUCAGUCAACUAUAAAAGCUUCAGCAACAGGAAGUCAGAACAUUUAUGAUGCGCUCAAUCGACAGCGAAGUUCCUCGAUGAGUGUCUCCAGCGUAACUUCUACCUCUUGGCGGGAGGAAAUUUUGCGUAACUUCACGAUCCCACGUGCCAACUCACCAUCCCCAAGUAUGAUGGCGUAUGGGAUUUGGUACUCCUCGCAGUGUUGCAACUGGUCAAGCAGCUUCGGAUUCAGCUUGUACGAAUGUUCCGCCUUAAAGCCUGCAGUCCAUAGUUUGUUCAGUAUUUCUAAUCGCUUAAGAUGCAGUCCCUU